AUGACAGUUGAACCCGUUCCGAAGGACAAUAUCCAGGGUGAUGUCUGGCCUGGUCUCCCCAAGAAGUAUGAAACUUUCUACUUCUUCGAUAUCCGCAAUGAUAAAGGGCAGGAAAAAAAGUACGAAGUGUUCAAAGGCCGUCUGAAGGACUUUAUCCCCAAAAUUACCACCGCUCAACAAGCCCUGGUUGCGAGAAAUAAGAUCAAAGACCACAACGGGAAAGUCACUGAAUUGGAGGGAGACCAGGGCCACCUCCCUGAAGCUCAUUCCAACAUCAGUUUUGCCCAAAGAGGCCUGAUCAAGUUGGGUAAACUGGGUAUCAAAGAGAUUUCCUUUGUCCAAGGGAUGUACACAGAUUUGACAGCGGAAAGCCGAGAUGAGCCGAGCGACUAUAAACAACCAUACACGUCCACUGAUGGGGUAUUUUUGGUCGCCGGCAGUAGUAAGGAAAUUGUUGAGGCCAAGGUGAAGGAGAUCGUGGCCCUUUUCGGAGACAGUAUUACCAAGCAGUUCAUCGAAUGUGGACAGGCCAGACCCGGUGAAUAUGAAGGGAAAGAACAUUUCGGCUUUCGUGAUUUGAUCUCCCAACCCCUGAUAGAAGGUCUCGAUAAUCCUCCAACAGGAGAGAAAGAGCCCAAAUUAGUUCUUCCAGGCAAGAUCUUUGUCGACCGUGAGGGCAGGUCUGCUCCACAGGACGGUGCUCCGUGGGCCAAAGACAGCAGCUUUAUGGUAUUCCGCAAAUUACGCCAGAAUGUUCUGGAAUUUGAUAAGUUCUGCGAGGGAAAGAAAGACGAGUACCAUAUGAGUGCAGAUGCGUUGGCGGCACGCAUGUUUGGAAGAUGGAAGAGCGGAUGUCCUGUCGAUCUCUCGCCAGACAAGGACGAUAAAUCCCUUGCCGACUCUAAUAACUUCGACUAUAGACCUAUCAACAACCAAGAAAAAUGCCCAUUUACCGCACACAUCCGCAAGACUAGACCUCGUGGAGACAAGAAAGACGACGGAUCCCCCAUCCUUCGUCGUGGUAUCCCCUAUGGAGAGGAAGUUAAGGAUGACGAGCGGCUAAAGCAAGAAACCCUGCACAAUCGUGGAUUGCUAUUUGUCUGUUACCAGGGGAGUAUUGUUAAUUCAUUCCUGAACAUCCAAAAGCGGUGGUGCAACAUGAGAACCUUUCCCCCUGGCAAAUAUAGCGCCACCAACAAUGAAGAACCCGGCCUGGAUCCCAUCAUUGGCCAGCGUGGGCCCAACAUCGUCUUCGACAUGAGCAUUGUUGAUGGAAACAAGCAGACUGUUCGACUUCCUCUCGAGACCUGGGUUCUUAAUCAGGGUGGCGAAUAUUUCUUAACCCCUUCUAUAUCUGCUCUUCGUUCGAUCUCGGAGGUGGCAUAG